CCAACCUUUCUGCUGGGGAAUUCCGGGGUCCACAGCUCUUGGAUGCUGCUCUGAGGUCUCUGGGGCUGAAUUCUGUGUCCUUGGAGGGUGAUGCGAGUUUUGCAGAGGAGGCCCGGCCUCGGCGGACCCGAGAGCUGAAACGCGGAUGGUUUGCGGGCGGAGCCGUGGCUGGACGGCCUGGAACGUGGGUUCCCAGGCCAGGGAAGGGGCGCCCCGGGCGGGUCUCACGAUUGCUUUGCCAGAGGCCAGUGUCUGCCUCCAGGUGUAUGAAGGCGCUUCCAGAAGCCCCGAGAGCGGACUGCGAGAGUGGGAGCUGUACCUUUACCCUCCGAUUCUGUCAUUCAGCACACAUAUAAUCGUUCUUAGUGGAAGAAUAUAGGAGUGAGCUGCACCAGUUUUGUCUGGACUCACAGCUAUGUUUCCAGACUCCUUGUACUGCAAGGAGCAACAAGAGCUAAAUGACCCUCUGGAGUUGGUGUCAUUUGAGGAUGUGGCCAUAGAUUUCAGCUGGGAGGAGUGGCAGGACCUGGAUGAUGCUCAAAGGACCCUCUAUCGGGAUGUGACACUGGAGACUUACAGAAUCUUGGUCUCUUUGGGGCACUGCAUUCAUAAACCGGAGGCAGUCGUCAAGCUAGAGCAAGGAACAGAUCCAUGGAUGGGAGAAGAACACCCAGACCAGAGCCUUCUUGGGUGCAGUGUUUCAAAGCCUGAGGAAGUUGUUAAGCUGCAGCAAGAAGUAGAGCCAUGGAUGGGAAGAGAACUCCCAGACCAGAGCAUUCUCAACAUCCAGAAUGCGGAUGGUCUGAUGGAGUGGUGCCAGAAAAGGCAAGACCGACAUCUGUGGCACGCUGUAGUCACCAAUGGCAACACUGUGGAAGGGGACACUGGAUCAGGACAGGUAUUCAGUAUGAGCUCAGACCACGUGUCAAAGCUGACGCUGAACAAUGAAGCCUUCUUAGGAAUGAAGACUGAGGAGCUUAUUUUGCAUCAGGCUAUGCUUCUCUCUGGUGUGCCUGGUGAGGUAUGUGCUAAAGAGAAGCCUGGUGCCUGUCAUAUAGCUGGGAAGUCCUUCCGACAUCUUAAGCAUCCUAUUCAGUGCCAUGAAACUCAAUGUGGGCAGCAAGAUUUUGAAUAUAGUGAAGAAGGGACCACCUUCAACACAAAGACCAUCUUCUUUACACAUAAAAGAGUUUAUGUGAGAGAACCUUCUUGUACAUAUAAUGAAUAUAUGGAAGCCCAUAAGAAGUCAGCUUUCAUUGUCCAAGAAAUAACUCAGGUAGGGAAGAAGACUUUUGAAUGCAAUGUAUGUGGGAACACAUUCUCCAUAAAGCCUGUACUCACUAAGCAUCAGGAAAUGCACACAGGAGAAAGCCCUACUGUCUGUAGUAAAUGUGAGGAAUCCUGCAUUGCAAAAGUGAACUUUACCAAACAUCAGAGGACACAUACAGAAGAGAAGUUGUAUGGAUAUAACAAUUUUCCAAAAUCCUUCCAGAAAGCAAAUAUCACUUUACAGCCUAGAACUCACAUGAAUGAGAAACCCUACAAGUGUAAUGAAUGUAGAAAAUCAUUCUAUGGUAAAUCAAACCUUACUGUUCACCAGAGAACUCACACAGGAGAGAAGCCCUAUGAAUGUAGUGAGUGUAGGAGAUCUUUCAGCCACAAGGCAAACCUUAGCAGGCAUCUGAGAACUCACACAGGAGAGAAGCCUUGUGAAUGUAACAAAUGUGGGCAGUCUUUCCAUCAAAAGUCAGACCUCAUUUUGCACCAGAGAACUCACAGUGGAGAGAAACCCCACGAAUGUAAUGACUGUAAGAAAUCUUUCUGCAAGAAGUCAGACCUCACUGUUCAUCAGAGAACCCACACAGGAAAAAAGCCCUAUGAGUGUAGUGAAUGUAGAAAAACGUUCUGUCAGAAAUCAAAACUCAUUGCACACCACAGAAUUCACACAGGAGAGAAACCUUAUGAAUGUAAUGAAUGUGGGAAAACUUUCUACCACAAGUCAGACCUCACUGUACAUCAGGGAAUCCACACAGGAGAGAAACCCCAUGAAUGUAAUGACUGCAAAAAGUCUUUCUACAAGAAGGCAGACCUCACUGUACAUCAGAGAACCCACACGGGAGAGAAGCCCUAUGAAUGUAGUGAAUGUAGAAAAACGUUCUCUCAGAAAUCAAAACUCACCCUGCACCACAGGGUUCACACGGGAGAGAAGCCCUACGAGUGUGGUGAGUGUGGGAAAUCGUACUACCAGAAGUCAUCUCUCACUCUGCACCGGAGAACCCACACGGGAGAGAAGCCCUAUGAAUGCAGCCAGUGCACAAAAUCUUUCUAUCAAAAGUCAUUUCUCACUGUCCAUCGGAGGACUCACACGGGUGAGAAGCCCUAUGAGUGCAAUGAAUGUAGGAAAUCCUUUAGCCAGAAGUCACACCUUAGCAGGCAUCAAAGAAGUCAGCACAAGGCAGUGAGCUUGUGAAUACAGAGUGUAGGAUAUCUUACAACUCUUAAGUCCAAACUUAGUAGGCACUAAGAAAGAACCCUCUUAAUUUAGAGAAACAUUUUGUCAGAAAUUCAUCUCAGAGAACUUAACACAGAAAAAUCCUACAUAGGAGAGAUUGGUUAUGUGUCCUCCCAAACGUGUCUAGAGGAAUAUUAUCACCAGUAGUGGAGAUUGUUUCGGGGUCAGGCAACAGUUGACUGUGUAGUACUUCUGAAUUCAUCUGCCCUUAGGACUGAAGUCAGACAAUUCCCAGCAUGGACUUGUGAGCUAUUAGUAGCAGAAGGCUUGUAUGAUUUUAGACAAGUAUCAAUUAAAGAAAGCAUAAAAUUUUCCACCUCUGCCCUAAAAACAUCCUUUAUUCUGUACAUUAAUGACAAAUAAUUACCCUGUUACAUCA